AUUAAGCUGAUUACAAAAGUAAUCCUAAUUAAGGAGAAAAUUCCCACGUAUAUAAAUUCUCUAUCUAUCUAUCCAUCACGCGUUAUUUUCGUUCUUCGCACGCAUUCUCUCAGUUUUCUUCGUUAAAGAAAUUAGGGUUUUGAGGGGUCUCUCUCGUUUGGUCCUACCCUAUCAGCCAUGGGAGGAGGUAACGGCCAAAAGGCAAAGAUGGCUCGCGAGAGAAACCUCGAGAAGCAGAAGAAUGCUGGCAAAGGAAGCCAGCUUGAAACAAACAAAAAAGCUAUGUCGAUCCAGUGCAAGGUUUGCAUGCAAACAUUCAUCUGCACCACCUCAGAAGUGAAGUGCAAGGAGCAUGCUGAGGCUAGACACCCCAAAUCUGAUCUCUUCACUUGUUUUCCUCAUCUCAAACCAUAAACAUGGGAGAAGGGAUGUUGAUACAAACUUAUAUAUCAUAUUAUAUGGAUCAUGAGUUUCUUUUAUAUAAAAAAUGUGUCGGUGUUUGUCUUGGUGGCUAGGGAGAGACAAAAGGGGAUAAUUAGUAUGUUUUAACCUUGCUAAUGUGUGAGAAACUGUUAAUUUUUUCUCUUUUGUCGAAUUGUAAUCGUUUAAUGAUCAUUAGUGUUAAUAUUGUGUUAAAAAAUUGUGCUAUUAAAUAAAGUGCUUGAUUAUAUCAGU